GUUUUCUUUCAAUUUAUAGUUUACAUGGAUUGACAUUCCUUACGGUUAUUAUUCCCUCUUUUAGUUAUUUUCACUCCUUAAUUCCCUCCUUAAAGUUAAUUCUUUCCACUUUUUUCUUACUGAUCUUCUCUAAAAAAAUUUCUUUAAAAAAUCUCUUUAAGUUUACUAAAUCUAUGUGAAAAUCGUUUAUAUAAACGUAUAAUGAGAAGUCAAUGUGCUAAAAGUUGUGCUGUUUGUAGUUCUUCUGAAGAAGUAUCUGAAGCUAAUAAAAAUGAAAAAGUAGACAAAGAAAAGAAGGAAAAUACAAAAGAAAAUUGUGGGAAGAAGGAUCAUGACGGGCAAGUUUUGAGAAUCGGAAAUUAA